UCUUUUUUCCUGCUGCCUCAACUCUCUAACUGAAAAACCGGCCAACAAGCAGCCAAAAUGUGACUCGCCAACCGCACACAAUCAAGAGUUAUAUCGUUAUUUUAAACCUUCAGUUUCUGUUACAGUGGUGUACAACAGCACGUAUUUAGUCAUUUAUCCAGUUCAAGUUUAACUUUAUAAUCCAGGAGGACUUUUAUCGUUGUCUGUUAUCAUCCGCCAUUGUUGCAACAUUAGCUUGGCAGACGGAAACCCAAACAAAAAACUUAAAUCAUUAACAGAAUCGUUUCUGUAGUUUACUACCCUCACCUUCCUCUUGCUGCUUUCACCGACAUGGCUACUAAUCCUCCAGGACAAGCCUUCCAGAAUAAGGCACGGGUGGCAAUCCUGGCCGAGCUGGAGAAGGAGAGGAGACGGCUAAUGCAGAACCAGUCCAUGAACACUCCAGGGGCCAGCAUCUCACUGUCCAGACCGAGUAUGAAGGACUUCAGAGACAACGCAGAGCAGCAGCACAUCGCUGCCCAGCAGAAAGCCGCCCUGCAGCAUGCGCAUGCACACUCAACAGGCUUCUUCAUCACUCAGGACUCCUCGUUCGGGAACCUCAUCCUCCCUGUCCUCCCACGCCUGGAGCCCGAGUCGUGACCUUUUACCUCUGCCCUGAUGUAGAACAAUGCUUUGAAGCAACACAGACCCGCAUCUUUCUCAGUUUCUUCUUUUAAAUCUGAGAUUAAUGGACAGUUGUUUGUCAUGUUGUAAACAAUUUCAGGUGAAAAAGUGUGGAUCUAUCAUUUCUACAUUUUCCAGACUAACAUGGUGGCUGCUGAUUUGAGGAAAGCUUUAAAAACACCCUGAUUAAAGAUCCAAGAUGGCUAUGAAGCAUCCUUUUAAGUGGUCCAGGGGCUUAAAGCAAACUACAGAAUGCUCUCCUGCUCUGUUGCCUAUCACGGCACUAAUCACACGGCUUUCCAUAAAGUGCACAUUUUGUCAGGUUUUUACAUUUGUAAUUGAUUUGUAUUGAUACUUGGAUAAUAAAAUUGUGACCUUAAAAGUUGUA